AUGGUUAACCGAAUAGAAGGUAAACAUAUCAAACACAGCCCUCAAACUAGACGUUUAACCGAAACCCAAUACAAUUCAAAAUUUCUUGUCAAAUCAUCAACACCAUUCAUAUCUGCCAUUAAACAAAUCAGUAAACAAUUGGCCAGAUUCUCAAAACUGCAAGGAACUCAACGUAAAUUCCAAAAUGAUCAAUACAAGAAAGUUAAAUAUAUAACUGUUAAAGGGAUGGGUAAAACUAUUGAAAAGACAUUGAAGUUGGCAAUGCAUUUUCAACUGUUGGGUUAUAAAGUAGAUAUUUUAACCGGAAGUGUAAAAGUAUUGGAUGAAUUUGAAAGAAAGGCGAUUGUUCAUAGUGAUGAUGACGGUGAUGAAGGAAUAGGUCGUGAGGAUUGUGAGACUGAGUAUAGGAAACGUAUGGUAAGUUCAGUAGAGGCAAGGAUAUGGUUGCAUAGAGAAUAA